UGUUCACAACCUGCUUCUACAGCGAGACAGUAACAUCAAAACUGCUCAGGGCCAGUUUCAUUAAGUUUUGGUCUUCACUCCACUAUGAUGUUGUAUAUCUUUGUGCCACUGUGUGCUCUGUUCACUUUCAGCCAACAGGUGACUUCAGCAGAAAAAUGUGUGUGUGAGUUGACUAAUUCUGAGCAGGCAUUCCCUCAUGACGAACUCAGCGCAGUGGAGGACAAUGCAUCAGAAUGCAACAGUGAGAUUACCGCCAGGAAGACUCUAGAGCUGGACAGUCUGCUGCUGGGUUUGGACCGACGUCUCCCCCAGCUGCUGGAAGACGUGUCGAUGCUGGAGAGAGAGGAUGACCAAGAUCUUUAUGGGGUUCUCAGCCUGCAGGUAAUAGAGAAUGAAUUGAAGGACAUCAAACAGCUCAUGGACAAGCUGAAUAGCACCACCAUGAGAGACCAGCAUCUCACCAUUGGCGCCACGAAACAGCUUGAAGAGGCGAAAGCAGAGAUGCAAGAGCUGGAAAAGUACGACACUAUGCAGGUGGUGAGGAGACAAGAAGCUAACAUGCGUUUGAAGAGAGAUCUAGACCAGUGCAAGAAUGGACAUAACCACAUCAUCCAACCCACUCAGCCCCCACGUAGGAACUGUCCACACGGUGAGUUUGUGAACAUCACUGGGCCCAGGGUGUACACAGCAGGAGAGUAUCCUGGCUCCUACAAGUAUGGCGCUUGGGGUCGGGAUCCCCAACCAGAGGUGGGAAAAGAGAACUGGUACUGGCUGGUAAUGAUGACCGCCAGCAACAGAUACUCCAACUAUGUCCGUCUGUACUCAAGCCUGAGUUCUAUCAUUGUUGGGGUUAGCGUCCCAGGGAAUGUCCUGAUCCACAGCAGUAACCCAACCACCAACACCAUCCAGGGUCCAAAUGUUGUUCUGUUUAGUGGGGCCUUAUACUACAACUGUUAUAACCAAGAUGCAGUUUGCCGAUUCAACCUCACCUCUAAAACCAUUACCACUGUAAAACUACCCAAAGGCACCAGAUUUAACUCAAAGGGAAACUUCUGCCACCUUGAUGAAUGCUACCCGUUCACCGACCUGGACCUGGCAACAGAUGAGUCUGGUGUCUGGGUGAUCUACACCACGACCCAGGACUAUGGAAACCUGGUGCUGACCAAGGUGGAGGACGAUGAGAGUCCGACACUUGGCCAAACCUGGAACACCUCGGUCUACAAGCAGGGGGUGACCAAUACCUUUAUGGCCUGUGGUGUGCUCUAUGCAACACGGUACAUCAACAAAGAAAUGGAAGAGAUCUUCUACUCGUUGGACACCGUGACAGGGGAGGAGAAAUUCAACCUUGGAAUCUUCCUCAAGAAGAUGUCCCCCAACAUAUAUUCCCUGAACUAUAGCCCUGUGGACCAGAUGCUACAUGCAUACUGUGACUCGUUCAUGGUCUCCUAUAAGGUUUUGUUUGAAUGAAUGAAUAAUACAUUUUGCCUACUUCUGCAUUUGCAUAAGAGAUUAAGUAAAAGUUGCCUGUGCCAACCAUGUCCCAAUAAUGUAGAUUUGACUAAUUACUAAGAGUUUCUACUAAUUUGCUUUAUGAAGUGUACAAUGUAUUGUCAUGUCCUUACCACUGGAUAAAAACAGAAAAUGUCAGAGUGGAGUGAUACAAAUAAUGUAGAGAGUAAAUCCACUGAAACAUUCAUGUGAGGUCUUGACCAAACCUACCUGCUGCAACAUCAACAGUUCCCAAAAUGCUUCUAUACGACACCUUUCCUUCCACUGUCAAACAUAUGAGAACAGUUUACUAUUUACACUGUUAGUACAAAUGCAAGUGUGUAUUAUGUAAAAAAACUGAGGGACAAAUGGAUUGGACAAAUUGGUAUUUGUAGCUAUUUGCUAAUAUAAUUACAUUUAACAUGACUCUCUCCCAAUAUUUUUUUUUCCAGAAAAUGUUUUGAUUAAAAGUUCU